GAUGCACUUGGGCAAAGUUUCUGAACGCAGCCCAGUAUAAAAGUGAUGGAUACUAGAGUCUGGACUCUGGAGUACGGUCAUGGUGGAAGGGAUGUUAUACUUGCACCAUGAGUACGGUGCAUACACAGAAAAAAAAACAAAAGCAUUCGGUCCAUGGUGAAAGGAAUAUGCAUUAACGUGGUGUGCUUGUUAAACGCAAUUUAAAGAUGUCUGGAAAUAAGUGUCGCAAUUGUGGAUCUACCAACAUCGAGACUGAUCCAGGACGUGGAGAUGCAAUCUGUAUAGAAUGUGGUUUUGUACUAGAGGAUUCAGUUAUUAUUAGUCAAACAACUUUUGAGGAAUCAUCCUCUGGUAAAGUAAGGAACUCUGGAUUCUUUGUUGGUAAUGACAGCACAGGUGGUGCUACAAAUUUUGGGGCACCAUAUUAUGCUAAUGGAAAAGAAUCUAGAGGAAUUACUAUACAAAAUGCACGGAAAGGUAUAACACAUCUUUGCCUACAAUUGGGCAUAACAAAUCAAAGUCUCAUUGACAUAUCUGUGAACUUCUAUAAAAUGGCUUUGAAUCAUCAUUUGACACGUGGAAGGAAACAAGUUCAUAAUCAAGCUGCUUGUGUAUAUAUUACUUGUCGUAUUGAAAAAACACAACAUAUGCUCAUUGACAUUAGCGAUGUCCUUCACAUUUGUGUCCACGAACUUGGGCGAACAUAUCUGCGAUUUACUCAAGCUCUAUGUAUCAACAUACCGGUAGUGGGUAAGUAAUUUGCAUGAUAAUUA